AUGUCAGAGCUGGAUAAAAAUACAUCCUGUAGAAGUGCCUCAGACACUCUAAAGCAUCUAAGAUUCUUCUGGUUAAAUGUUUCUGAAGCUCUACAGCAUCUUAGAUUCUUCUGGUUAAAUGUUUCUGAAGCUCUACAGCAUCUUAGAUUCUUCUGGUUCCAUGUUUCUGAUGUUUCUGAAGCUGUAAAGCAUCUAAGAUUCUUCUGGUUCCAUGUUUCUGAAGCUCUACAGCUUCUAAGAUUCUUCUGGUUCCAUGUUUCUGAUGUUUCUGAAGCUCUAAAGCAUCUUAGAUUCUUCUGGUUCCAUGUUUCUGAUGUUUCUGAAGCUCUAAAGCAUCUUAGAUUCUUCUGGUUCCAUGUUUCUGAUGUUCCUGAAGCUCUGCAGCUUCUUAGAUUCUUCUGGUUCCAUGUUUCUGAUGUUUCUGAAGCUCUAAAGCAUCUUAGAUUCUUCUGGUUCCAUGUUUCUGAUGUUCCUGAAGCUCUGCAGCUUCUUAGAUUCUUCUGGUUCCAUGUUUCUGAUGUUUCUGAAGCCCUAAAGCAUCUUAGAUUCUUCUGGUUCCAUGUUUCUGAUGUUCCUGAAGCUCUGCAGCUUCUUAGAUUCUUCUGGUUCCAUGUUUCUGAUGUUUCUGAAGCUCUAAAGCAUCUUAGAUUCUUCUGGUUCCAUGUUUCUGAUGUUCCUGAAGCUCUGCAGCUUCUUAGAUUCUUCUGGUUCCAUGUUUCUGAUGUUUCUGAAGCUCUAAAGCAUCUUAGAUUCUUCUGGUUCCAUGUUUCUGAUGUUUCUGAAGCUCUAAAGCAUCUUAGAUUCUUCUGGUUCCAUGUUUCUGAUGUUUCUGAAGCUCUAAAGCAUCUUAGAUUCUUCUGGUUCCAUGUUUCUGAUGUUUCUGAAGCUCUAAAGCAUCUUAGAUUCUUCUGGUUCCAUGUUUCUGAUGUUCCUGAAGCUCUGCAGCUUCUUAGAUUCUUCUGGGUUCCAUCGCUUGCUGAUCUGAGUCCUCCACAAGAUGAAAAAGAAGAAGGUCGUACAUGUCGGUAAAUGUGUUAUAGAUGUGUUGUAUUUCCUGGUUGUUCCACCAGGUGGAGCCUUUUACGGUUAAAUACUGCAGAGACCAGAGCAUUGUGGGAGAUGUGGUCAUUGUUUGACUUUCUCUUGUUAUUUUGUGUCUCUUUGUGGUCAUUUUUGUCUCUUUGUGCUUAUUAGUGCUUCUUUGGUGCUGUCUUGUUGUUGUCUUUUUCUGGUCAUCUUGUGUCUCUCUGUGAAACUUUUGUGUCUUGCUGUCAUAAUUUUCUGCUUCUUUUCAGUUAUUUUGUGUCUCUUUGUGGUUGUUUUCCAUCCUGUUUUGAUCAUUUUAUGUUUUUGUUGUCUUUUGUGUCUCUUUCUGGUCAUCUUGUGUCUCUUUGUUGUCUUUUUCUUACUUUUUUGUCUUUGUGUAUGUUUUUGUGGUCAUUCUAUGCUUCUGUGGUGCCAUUUUGUGUCAUUUUAAUGUCCUUUUGUGUCUCUUUCUGGUCAUUCUGUGCUUCUUUGGUGCCAUUUUGUGUCUUUUUAUUGUCUUUUUGUGUCUCUUUCUGGUCAUCUUGCAUCUCUUUGUUGUCUUUUUUCACUCUUUUCCACUUCAUUCCUGGAAGUUAAACUAAUUUCUACCCAUCAGUUGAACCCUUCCCUCGGUGAUUUUGCGGCUCUUCCACCUUUAUUCCUGUAAAUGUUGAACAUCUACUGAGCCUCGGCAGCAGCUCGCCGUUAAAAAUAAACGAGGAUCCGAGUGGAGGAGAUUUAAGAAAUCCCGUCAUUAAUGUGUGGCCCGGACUGGGAGCGUGAAGCUUCUCUUCCUGCAGGCCGAGCGUUUGGGAUUUGGAGGAAUAGAACGCUCCUCUAAAAGCCGACUUUAAACUUUCAUGUGGAACUUGCAGCCUGCAGGAUUAAAAGUAAUUUAACGGUGAACGGCGGCUCGUACUGAACACGCUGCUUGUUGUGAGGAGGCGCCCUGGGAGGCUUCGCUUCGUUUGUGGGCUGCAGUCGACUGUUGAGCCUCCGAGGAAGAGGAGGAGGAAGAGGGUCGCUGUGAUGAAUCAUUCCAUUAAUAAGGCCAAUUACAGCUCAGAAACGCCUUUUACUCCGUUACUGUGGUCAGAGAGGAUGUUUGAAACAGCCAGAAAUCCCUGAAAGCUGAAGGCUGGAGGCUGUGUCGCUUUAUGUGGUCGUUUUAUGCCUCUUUCUGAUCAUUUAGCAUCUCUUAUUGGCCAUUAUCUAUGUUUUUCUGAUCAUUUUCUGUCACUUUAAGGUCAUUGUGCAUCUUUUAAUGUUCAUUUUAUGUCUCUGUUAUCAUUUUAUGGCUGUUUUUCUGUCUCUUUGUGGUCAUUUUGUAUCUAUUUGUAAUCAUUCGUAUCUUUAUGUAGUCAUUUUUGUGUCUCUUUUUGGUCAUUUUGUGUCUUUUUGUGGUUAUUUUGUGAUUUUGUUGUGGUCAUUUUGUGUCCUUUUGUGGUUAUUUUGUGAUUUUUGUGGUCAUUUUGUGUCUUUUUAUGGUCAUUUUGUGUCUCUUUGUGGUCACUGUAUAUUCUUGAUAAUUUUGUGUCUCUUUUUGGUCAUUUUGCAUCUUUUUCAGUUCAUUUUGGGUCUUUGUGAUCAUUUUGAAUCUUUUUGUGGUCAUGUUGUGUCUUUUUUGUGAUUAUUUUUUGUCUCUUUGCGGUCAUUUUGUGUCUUUUGUGGUUAUUUUGUGACUUUUUGUGGUCAUUUUGUGUUUCUUGUUGGUCAUUUUGCAUCUUUUUCUGUGCAUUUUGUUACUUUGUGAUCAUUUUGCAUCUAUUAUUGGCCAUGAUGUGUGUUUUUUGGAUCAUUUUUUGUGUCUUUGUGGUCAUUUUGUGUCAUUUAAAGAUCACUGUGCAUCAUUUAGCCAUAUUUUUUUGUGGUUAUUUUAUAUCUUUUUGUAGUCAUGCUGUGUCUCUUUGUGGUCAUUUUGUGCGUUUUUGUGGUUGUUUUGCAGUAAUUUCAUGCCUCUUUGUGAUCAUUUAGCAUCUAUUAUUGUCCAUGAUGUGUGUUUUGCUGAUCAUUUUGCGUGUCUUUGUGGUCCUUUUGGGUCUCUUUGUGGUCAUUGUACAUCUUUUUGUUGUUAUUUUGCAUCUUUGUGGCCAUUUUGUGCCUUUUUCUGAUAAUUUUUUGCCUCUGGUCAUUUUGUGGUAAUUGUCUGUGACUAUAUGGUCAUUUUGUGUGUCUGUGGUUAUUUUGCAUUUCUUUUGUGUCAUUUUGUGUCACUUUCUGUUCAUUUUGUACCUUUUUGUGAUAAUUUUCUGUCUUUUCAGGAUCAUUUUGUGUCUCUUUGUGCUCUUUAAGAUCAUUGUGUACCUUUUAGUCAUAAUUUAUGUCCCUUUUUGGUCAUUUUGCAUCUUUUAAUGGUCAUUUUGUGUCUUUCUGUGUCUCUUUAUGAUCCUUUUGUGUCCCUGUGGUCAUUUUGUGUGUCUUUUUGGUCAUGUUACAUAUUUUCUUGGUCAUUUUGGGUUUUUUUGUGCUCACUUUGUGUCUGUUUCUGGUCAUUUUGAAUCUCUUAGUAUUCAUGUCUUUUUUUGGAUCAUUGUGCGUCUCUUUGUUGUCAUUUUGUGUCCCUUUGUGGGGAUUUUGUCUGUUUUUGCCAUCAUUUUGCAUCAUUUUCUAGCCACUUUUGUCUUUUUGUGAUCAUUUUUGUUGUCUUUUUGGUCAUUUUGUGCACAUUGUAGUCAUUUUGUAUGUCUUUGUUGUCAUUUUACAUAUUUUCUUGGUCAUUUCGUGUCUCUGUGAUCAAUUUAUGUCUCUUUCUGGUCAUUUUGUGCCCAUUUACAAUCAUUUGUUACGUAUUUUCUUGGUCAUUUGGGGGUUUUGUGCUCAUUUUGUGUCUUUUCUUGGUGAAUUUAUGUCUAUUUUUGGAUCAUUGUGCGUCUCUUUGUUGUCAUUUUAUGUGUCUUUGUGAUCAUUUUGUGCCUCUUUGUGUUGAUUUUUUUUGUCUUUGUGGUCAUUUUGCAUCACUUUCUGGUCACUUGUGUCUUUUUGUGAUAAUUUUUGUGUGUUUGUGGUUAUUUUAUGCCCAUUUGUAGUCACAUUGUAUGUCUUUGUUGUCAUUUUGCAUCUUUUCUUGGUCAUUUUGUGUGUCUUUAUGAUAAAUUUCUGCCUCUUUGUGGUCUCUUUGUGUGUCUUAAUGUUAACUUUUUUGUGUAAAUUAAUUAGAGCAGACUACAGUUCAUUAAACACCUCAUCCCAACCCUCUUUUCCCGUCCUUGUCGUGUGUUUUUCUGUGCUCAGCAGAUGGCAGUGUUGCAGCGUUGCAGUGUUGCAGCGUUGCAGCGUUGCAGCACUGCUUCCUGUUUGUGUGGCAGAAUAUGGCUCCCAGAUACUUGAGUUAUUGUGUGAAAUUUGUGCGAACACCUUUCUCUCUCUGCGCUCUGCCGGUUAUUUGCAGAGCUGGAAACUGAGAGCAGCCGCCAGCGACAGAAAUAUUGUCCCCACUGUACGUUCCCUUUGUAAAUAUUAGUGCUGCUGAUGUCCUCAAUGUGCAUCAACGCCGAGACGGAGGAGAGAAUGGAUGUUUAGUGCUACUGUAAAUACACCGCUGCAUGUCCAUUAGCUGGAAUCAUCUCCGUCUAAUCAGCUUUUAACGGAGGAGACGCUCUGCUGUAAACCCACAGAAGAUUCCAGCGUCUCCAGAUAGAAAACAGAUGAUUAACAGCAAUUUAGAUGUUUUCACUCACUAAAUAAACACAAGAGGUCAAGCAGUGGUUGAAAUAACUAAUAAUAAUUCACAUUACUGCCGGACUGUCGACUGCUAUUAUGAUGGUUCAGCAUGUGGUUAAAAUUUAUGGUAAUUUUAUGUAUUUUUGUGGUCAUUUUGUGGCUGUUUGUGGUCAUUUUGUGGCUGUUUGUGGUUGUUUUACAUCUCUUUUUGGGUCAUUUUGUGUUUUUAAUGGUUAUUUUGUGCCUCUUGUAAGUCACUUUGUGGUAAUUUUGUGUCUUUUUUGGGUAAUUUAGUGUCACGUUCUGUUCAUUUUGCGUCUGUUUUUGGUCAUUUGAUGUCUCUUUGUGGUUAUUUUGUGGCUGUUUGUGGUCAUUUUAUGUGUUUGUGGUUGUUUUGUGUCUCUUCAGGGUUUCCUCUACAUUCAUUUAGCAGCAGCGGCCUGCCACUGCAGAAUCCCAGCCGCUGCUCCUUCAAAUUUCUUUUUUUUUUUUUUAAUCGUCGUAAAUCCACCACCACCACCACCAUGUCUCCACCUUCACAGCAGUCCUGCACUGUGUCCGUUACUCGCGAGUAUUAAGACAAACUACAAAUAACUGUCUUGCUCAGUAUCUACUCUUUCUGUGUGUGUGGUAGGUUUGGUUCGUAACGUCUGACGGAGGGGGGGGGGCUGCUGACAAAAAUCCUAGAGGAAACACUGUUCUUUAAGGUAAUUAUGUAUUUUUUGUGGUCAUUUUAUCUUUCUUUGUGCUCAUUUUAUGGCUGUUUGUGGUUGUUUUGCAUCUCUUUUUGGUCACUGCAUUUUUUAAUGUUUUUGUGUCACCUUAAAGUCAUUGUGCAUCUUGUAGUAGUAAUUUUGUGUCUCUUGCAAGUAAUUUUGCAUCAUUUUGAAGUUAUUUUUGCAUCUCUGUGGUCAUUUUGUGACUCUUGUUGGUCGUUUUGUGGUCAUUUUCUGUCUCUUUGUGGUCAUUUUAUGGCUUUUUUUUGGUAAUUUGGUAUCACUGUUAAUUUUGCAUCUUUUUGUGGUCAUUGUGUGUCUUUUUGUUGUCAUUUUACAUCUUAUUGUAGUCAUUUUGCCGUCAUUCUUGGUAAUUUUGUGUCUUUCUGGUCAUUUUAAGCCCCUCUGUGUGACUGAGUGGAGGCAGUGCCAGCUCCUCCCCCGUUCCUGGUUUCUGUUCUUUCUUCAGGUGUGCGUUUUGCACAGAGGCCAGACGGCAGGUGAUGAUAAUCAGCAGAGCCAGAGGGGAGGCAGGUGUUCGGGGGUUAAUCAUCCACUCAUUCCUCCUUAUAUUCAGACGCCAUACGCUACUCGGAGCCGGACCAAAGAACGUCAACAACUGUCCACUGUUUGUACCAUCUGGACCUAUCUACCUACCUGUUCCGAUGUCCUGGAAUUCUCUUCAGCUCAUAUUUCAGAUUUAUAGAGUAAAUAAAGGCUCAGUGCUGAAAAAAAUACACCUGCUGCUGUUUUAAGAGGCGAGGAAACGUGAUUUGGCAGCAGGUCUGAGGAAUGGUCCAAGACUUCCUGGAUUGUUCUGCUAAUGAAUGCUGCUGAUAAAAGCUGAAGCUGAAUCUGCUGCUGGCCGCUGGAUAUUCCAAAGUGACGGACAUCAAAGUGCCCUUUGCAUCAGCCUGCAGAACAAAGAGUUUCCUGCCUGACGAGCUGCAGCCGAGUUAAUCUUCCCUGUGAGCUGGAAUUAUCCGGCUGGACCUCCUGGCCUCGCUGUGAGGCAGCAGGCAGGCUGGAAUCAGGUCUAGUUUCAGGUGAAGGGAGGAGCUCAGGUGGCUUCAGUCGGUCUGAAGGUGAAUCUGACGCAGCAGGAGGUGAAACAGGUAGAGAGGGAUGGAGAGGUGGAAGUUCUGCUGCUGCUUUAACAAACAGGAAAGAGCUACAAGGAGUGGUUACAUUUAUAAAAACAUGAUGGAGCUGCUUCCAUUGGAAGAGUUUCCUCUUUCCUGUGCAGCACGAC